AUGUCAGCCGAUGAAACAUGUUUUAUGUGUGAUCUAGAGCCCGACCACUGCGCGCACGUCAUAGCCGAGGCAGAUCGAUCAAUUCAUAUCCUGGCCCAGAAAGGUCUCAUUAACUUUGACCUCAGGUCGGAGAUGAAUGGAAUUGGGCUAUGCGCAUCGUGCCAUGUUAGAUACGACGACCAGUCAGACCCGAGACUGAUUUUCUAUCCCCAAGACAUCGACUUUUUCAUUCUAUUCGAGCUUCGUGAUCGGGUCCGGCGGAGCAAGGAUGGGUCCUUGCGGACAGUGCCCACAGCGGCACAAUACGCCACACGGGGUGCGCUAUAUACGAGGAUUGUUUUCAGCAGAAGGGGGCAGGAUAAGGCAGUAGUCAAAGAUCCAGCGCGCUGGAACGGUGCACCACUAGGCGCUCUUAAAAGAGCAUUUGAUAUUAUGGGAUGCCCCAGGGCAGACGGAAUCCCGGAAGACGAUAUGCAGCGCUUAAGAGAUCUUUGGGAUCUCUACCACAGGGAUAAUGACAAUACAGCCCGCCGAGUGACAGCCCGGUAUGGCUUCAGCGACGCAGAAGAAGAUUUCGGCCUUGGAGGGAUCGACUCGGACAAUGAUGAGCAGGGUACGUCGGCGGAGAGUCCAUCGAAUGACCAGGGGGGAGCGGACGUGACUAUGGAGGAGUUGGACUCUCUAAUAAGUGAAAGCGAACAGACCGGCCUGGACCAAGAUAGCAGGUAUAAUGACGGGUCAUUGAGGAAACAGCCUGCCACUGAGAACCCAAAGUAUGCGUCCUUUGACUAUAGAAACUGGUGUUGGCAGUUUGGUCCGAAGUCAACUUCGAACCAAAAGGCCAAGGAAUUUACUCUGCUUGGGCCUGGGUCCUUUGGACACAGCAUAUAG